AUGGACCCUCGGAAACCAAAGCAACGAGCACAAUGUUGCGAAACCAACGUUACAUUGCCACGAAAGGAACGCCGAGAGGAGUCUUAUCGUCCGUGUCUCAUCAAGUUAACGAAAUUCAUGCGAAGAGAAAUGAUGACGGCUGAGGAAAUUCAAGUCCACAGUAAGGCUGAGAAAAUCAAGGAGCCUCACAAAUCGAAGCAGGAAAAACUGGCGACUGCGGAAGCGCUUUUUGAGCCAAAGCCAAGCAAGCGCACGAAACCCAAUGAGCAGAUGAAACCCGAUGCAAAUGAACUUGAGCUGAAGACCGACGUGAAGGGCCCAAGCGAUUCGGUUCAUACAGCUCGCGCGCUCUGCAAACUUUGCAAGCGAAUCGACCGGAUCUCCUCAAACGAUAAAGGACGCCUUCGGGAUAUCAUCUUUGCCAAGUUGUUGAGGGCGAUCUCUACAAACGCCCACGCAAGAAGCACUCCGUUCCUACGAUCGAUCCUCACCGGAAACAACCAGGUUCGCUCACAGAACAUGCACGCCUGGAUGAAAAAUUUGGCUUUGAAC